GUUUAGUUCCGCCCUGGUUACGCCUCUUGCAGGCGAGCAGCAGAGCGGCACUGAGACUCUUGGAGAGCGUUUCCAAGUGAUGGAAGGCACUGUGCGCAAGUGGCCCUUCCCCUUUCCCUCUCCCUGCACCAGGAUUUCAGAAGAAACCCGUAGGCAGAAAUUGGCCAGAGCUAGGCAAAAGUUGUGAGAGUUUCAAGAAAGAAACACUCUUUUGGGUCCUUCUCUGGAUGCGAAGAAAAGCAUAAAACCUGGGAUAUCCACUGGUGGCAAAUGUCACCCACCUGACGAGGUGAGUCAGAGCUGGCCAGGCUGCUGCGGCUGUGGCUCUCAUGGCAGUGGGGGGUCAGGGUUCACAUGAGCACAAUGUCAGGUGCAGGAUAAGAAAUCUGCAUUCGAGGGCCGGGUCUGUGAUAGCUCAGCGGUCUGGUGUGUGACAAGCUUAUGACAAGUCCUGGGUCUGACCAACAGCAGUGCAAUUAAAUAUGUGGGGAGGAUUUUAUGUACAAUUGUGAUGUUUGAAUGACACAUUUUUAUGUGAAUGCCCUCGGGCCUGGUGCAGAUCAAGCACUCAGUAAAUGGUAGCUGCUGUUUGAUUUUGCUCAGCCUCAAGGGCAGCCAGGCCAGUGAGAAGAGCCACAUAUGCUCAGGCUCUCUGCCCGAGCCCAGGGUGUGAGGUCUGGGAGGUGGCAGGGUGUGCAGGGAGCUUGGCUCAGGCCACCCUGGGUGGGGGAGUCUUAGUGGAAGAGGAAUCACCACCUCCUGUGCUUCUCUCUGAGCAGAGCCAGGAUGCCACCAGUGGCCCCAAGGUCCUGGCUCAGAACAAGUGAGUGUCUCCUACUGGGGCAGCUGUCCCUAGGCUGAGGGGUCAGGGCCGGCCACUGCCCCGAGCCUCUUCCCCAUCCAGCUACCUUUACCCUGACCCUGUGUCUCCAGCCCUAGGACGUGCUCCUCCGAUGACAUCUAGAGGGCCCUAAAUGAGAUACCGCAGACUGGGGCCAGAGGUGGGGAGAGGGAAGGACACUUGGGUGAUAGAUGUGCCUGAGGUCGCCUGUCCCUCCCUGUCCACUGCUGCCUGUGCUGUGGGCAGCUGACAAAGUUGAAAAAGGAGAAGGAGGAGCCUGACAGGAAGAUCCAGCACCUGGAGAGGAGCGUGGUGGACCUAAUGAGAGAGAUGCAUGAGUGCCGAGUCAAGAGCAGCUUGGAAGGAGCACAGGGUCCCUGGCUGUGGGUGUGACCUGCACUUUCCUAAGGAGUGAGGUGCACUCAAGCGCACUGAGGCAAACACAAAGGGGUCUCCGCCAGCAUCUGGCAAUCCUCUCAUCUGACUGAGCUCCGUGUCCCCAUCUGAGAGAGGGGUGACCUGCCCACUGCCAACUCCCACACAAGAAACAUUUGGGACAGUGGCUUAAAGAUUGGCCAUCAUCUGGGUAGGAGAAAUCAUUCAUCAGGAAGCCGAGGUGGGGCGAGGAGCCUGAACUGGGGGCUGAGCACUGAGAGGCCAAGACCUCUACUACUACUUCCCUUCUCAGCUGUGCUCCAGCCCUGGAGCCCCCAGCCGGGCCAUUGGAGGAAGAACAGCGGCUGUAGUGUGAGCUUGUUUCUGGGCAGCUACAUGUCCAGAGAAAGGAAACCUAUGUACUGUGUCAGAGAAGGGAGGGACAGGAGGAGGGGCUCCUACAGCUGGAGCACAAGGCUGCACUGUGGGCCAAGGAGGCUGAGGAGGACAGGAGCAUCCUGCAGCAUCUACAGAGUGACAACACCAUGAAAAGCUUGCUCCUUCAGAACCAUGAGCUCAUGGAGCAGCUGGCCCAGAUGCAGGACAGUGUCCUAAGGCUGGUGUGUAGCCACUGCUCGCUGGUCUCCUCCCGCCAGGUCCUUUGGGGCAGAGCAACACACUUAGCCCUCUGGGUCCUUCCCCCAUCAGUUCAGUGGGGGCUCUGAAGCCCUUAAUUGUGAAGGUGUCCUGUGAGGCAGAACCCUGCUGGAGCAUCUGCUGGGGACAGGGGACGAUUCUCCAUUGUGCCUGCCCCAGGGACACUGAGGUUGGGUCUUGGGUCUGGCUGUAUUGGCGGCACUGAUUCCUCUUCUCUGAGGAGUGAAGACAACCUAAAAAUGGCCAGUGCGCUGCAAUCGGAGCAGCUGGAGAGGAAGGAGCUGGCCAGGAAGCUGGGCCAGCUGCGGGAGAAGAUGGUGGAGCUCACAGCAUUGAUGGCGCUGAAGAGCCAGGAGGCCCAGCAGCUGCAGCAGCAGGGGGAGCAGUUGAUGUCCCAGGUGUGGCAGCAUGCUGAGGCCUGGCAGCAGCUGGCAACUGAGAAGAAGGCCCUGAGUAGGAGGGUUCUGCUGCACAGGCAGCUGGUGAUGCAGGUGCAACACACCAAACAGGAAGAAACUGUGGCCCUGGGCAGGCUCUGCUAUGAGCUGGGGGAGACUCAGGUGAUGAAGCUGCUGAGGCGGGGCCCUGCAUGGAGGGCCUGGCUGCCUCUGACUUCUCAUUUUCCGGGCUGCCCACAGGAGGGCCUGGAAGCCUCGAGGCUGCAGGAUCAGGAGUCAGCUCCACUGAGAGUCCUGGCACUGGCUGGGGCAGGGUGGGCUGAGGAGGGCUCUGAAACAGAGAGUUGAGGGGGAAGAGACCUCUAGAGUGCUGCUCAUUCUCUCCCAGAGUGCCGCAGACCAGCUGCAGUCGAUGUCGAUGUAGGGUAGGAAGGGGAGAUGUCCUGGGCCGGCGAUGAGAAAAGAACCUUCACAAGCAAUGUUCAGGCUCCCGCUGAGAAGUCUCAGGGUCUGAUUUAUUUUUAUAUCUUUAAGCAAUAGC